CUCCAGUCGCUCGACUCCGUCUAUUAUCUUUUUUCCUAAUACUGUCUAAACAAACAAAAAACAUAAAUAACCAUGUCUGAUACUGAAAAAAACAUUUCUGAGGAUCGCGAGAAGAAGAGAUCUCUGCCCGCUGACGAUUCUGACGAGCACGACUCUGAUUCUGAAGAUCGUCGCCACAAACGUGCAGCUGUUAAUGACUCCAAUUCUUCUUCUCCUCAGCGCCCUCAACAUCGCCGUCGCAACUCUGAUGAUGCCUCAAGAAAGGAGGCUGCUGAAGGUGAUAUUCCUCCUACCACUGCUUUGAGAUCGAUUGUCUCUACCAAAGAUGCAGGUGUGAUCAUUGGCAAGUCUGGUAAAAAUGUCAGUGAGAUUCGUGAACAGUCUGGCGCCAAGGUCACCAUUUCGGAAAUGGUCCCUGGUGCAUAUGAACGUAUCUUGACAGUCUCUGGUCCUUUGGACACUGUCGCCAAGGCUUAUUCCUUGGUUGCUCAAAAGAUUAUUGCAGAGCACAUUGAACCCGAUGCUGCGCCUGACACCGAGUCGACAGCAAUCCGCCUUUUGGUUGCACACCAUCGUAUGGGAUCAGUUAUUGGCAAGGGUGGCGCAAAGAUUAAGGAAAUCCAAGAUGCAUCUGGCGCCCGUUUGGUAGCAUCAGAAGAAAUCUUGCCCGCUUCUACAGAGCGCACAAUCACCAUCACUGGCGUUCCAGAUGCUAUCCACAUUGCAGUCUAUCACGUUGGGGUUGUUUUACAAGAACACAGUGAACGCGAUCGCACCGUGAGCGUGAUCCCCUAUAGACCUAUGGGCCGUAGUGCCUAUCCCGGCCCUCCUGCAGGUGGCAUGGGAGGAUAUCCUCCUCACCACAGCUCAUCGUCGCAUCAUCACCAGCAGCCUUAUUACGGAGGAUAUCCAUCGCAUGGUGGUAUGGGCUAUGGACAGGAUUACCUCCCACCCUCGCGCGGAGGUAGCCAUGGUGGCUAUAGUCAUGGUGGAGCUUCUGCAGGAGGCAUAGGUGGACCAGGCUCAGUUGCUCAGCAAAUCUUUAUUCCAAAUGAUAUGGUAGGCAGUGUCAUUGGCAAAGGAGGCUCAAAGAUUAAUGAGAUUCGUCAAAUGUCAGGAUCACACAUCAAGAUUGCAGAACCCCAAAAUAACGGAAGCAACGAACGCCUGGUUACCAUCACUGGAACGCACGAAUCGAACCAGAUGGCAAUCUAUAUGCUCUACCAGCGCUUGGAGAGCGAGAAGGCUAGGCAGUAAAAAUGUCGUAGGGGGAUAGGGGAGCUUUUGCUUUUUUUCUCAUUAUUGCUUUUAAGGUAUAUAUGAAGUGCAAGUAUGAAUAAAAGAGAGGGUUUUUUUUUAUACUUUUUUCCAUAUGUUUGCUUGCAUCCAUUUUUGUAUAUUACUGUG